AUGCAAGCCGAUCCGCCUUCAUCUUCGCCGUUGAAGGAUUCUAUCCACGACUUCGCAGAGUCUUCUGGAAAGUUCGAACACGAUUUCAUUGCCAAACUCAAAAUCGAUGAACACAAACAAGAAGAGGAGCAUAACCAAAUUGAGGUAGAAGAAGAAAACGAAGACGGAGAAGAAGAGGAGGAGGAAUUUAGCUUCAUGCUUGUGAAUUCCGACGGAUCUCCGAUCUCUGCUGACGACGCCUUUCACAACGGCCGGAUUCGUCCGCUGUUUCCGAUUUUCGACCAGGAUCUUCUCUUCUCUGACGAUUAUGAUGGCGGCGUCAGUCCGCCGAUGAAGCUAUUCGUCGAAGAUCCAGAGGUGUCGUCUUCGACGACGGAGAAACUUGCAGCGGCUCCACCGCCUCCACUGGAGGGAUCGUACUGCGAGUGGAAUCCGAAGUCGGCCGUGAAGAGCAACUCGACUGGAUUCUCAAAGCUGUGGAGGUUCCGUGACGUGAAGCUGCGAAGCAACAGCGACGGGAAAGACACGUUGGUUUUCUUGAACCAAGCGCCAGCGGCGGAACCGGUAGGGAAGGCAAGAAACGUGGUGGUGAAGAAAGUGGAGGGAAAGCAGGGGAAAAAAACCGCGUCGUCUGCGCAUGAGAAACAUUACGUGAUGAACAGAGCGAGGAAAGAGAAUGAUAAACGAAAGUCGUAUUUGCCAUACAGGCCAGAUCUGUUUGGGUUUUUCGCCAGUUCUCAUGGGUUGAGCAGAAACAUUCAUCCUUAUUGA